AUGGAAACCGCCGCAGCUGUCAAUGGCACCUCCGCCGGCGCCGAACCGGCCACAAAGCGACGAAAGCUCCAAGGCCGCGAAUUCUACGAAUCCAUCGGAUCACCCCGUACAGUAGUCGCGCCGAUGGUAGACCAAAGCGAGCUGGCCUGGCGACUCCUCUCGCGCCGGCAUUCACCGCCGAACACACUCUGCUACACGCCGAUGUUCCACUCCCGUCUCUUCGCUGAGAGCCCCAUAUACAGGCAGCAAGCGUUCCAACCGCCGAACCUGGACGGAAACGUCGCCGACCGCCCGGUGUUUGUGCAGUUCUGCUCCAAUAAGCCCGAAGAUAUCCUUGCCGCGGCGAAGGAAGUGCAGGAGCACUGCGACGCGGUGGAUUUGAACUUGGGAUGUCCGCAGGGUAUUGCGAGAAAGGGCCACUAUGGCGCCUUCCUGCAGGAGGACUGGGGGCUCAUUCACUCAUUGAUCAACACGCUGCACGUGAACCUGGACGUGCCCGUAACGGCCAAGAUCAGAAUUCUAGAAACCAAGGAGCGCAGUCUGGAGUAUGCCAAAAUGGUGGUCGAUGCCGGUGCGCAGGUCCUUACGGUCCAUGGAAGGACGAGGGAACAGAAGGGACAUAAUACAGGCCUCGCGGAUUGGAGCUAUAUCAAGUAUAUCCGCGACAACCUCCCGCGCGAGGUGGUCAUGUUCGCGAACGGGAAUAUCAUGUGGCAGGAGGAUGUGGAGCGGUGUCUUGCGGCCACGGGCGUAGACGGCAUCAUGUCGGCCGAGGGAAACCUCUACAAUCCAGCGAUAUUCGAGACCUCAGAAGACUGGGACAGACGAUUCCCAAGAAUGGACAUCGUGGGCCGGGAAUACCUCGACAUAAUCCGCCAUGAGAUUCUCCCUCACCUCCCACUUCAGGAGCUCCUGGCCCAGGAACCCUCGAAGCGCUCGCGAAAGAAGCUCAAUGAAAUAUUUAAAGACUCCAAUCUCACACCGAUCAAGUCCCACCUCUUCAAGCUCUGGCACGCACUUCUCCCCCGCCACACCGAGGUCAGAAACAUGGUCGGCCGUGCUUCAACGAGACAUAUGGGGCCCGGCGGCGACCCGCUGUCGGAAUACGAGGAGUGUCUUAAGUGCGUCGAGCAAAUCGUUCAGGACGAGCUCCAGAAGAACCCAGAAAAAGUGGAUAGUGAAGGGAAAUGGGUGGGUCCUGAUAGGGAGAUCACGGGUGACGGGGAUGAGACCACCGUGGAGGGUAUCCUGGUCGAGAUCAACGGGAAGAAGUUCAUGAGAUCCGUACCCUGGUACCGAUGCCAACCCCACUACCGCCCACUACCGGAGGAGGCUAUGGCGGUCGGGGCGCUGAAACUGAAGAAGGGGGAAGUGAUGCCAGCUGCUGGGACCACGAGGAAGGCGGAAGAUAUUUCUGCGGAUGAUGGACCGGAGACAAAGAAGAUGAAAAUGGCUGCCGAAGAUGGAGAUCCAAAGGCUAUGGAAGAGUGGGAAAAUGGUCCAGGGAAGGAUAUGAAGGUUGCUGGGUGA